ACAACUAUGAGAGCAUAUACUUGUACGAUGACGCGGUUGUUAUCAAUGCCUUUUUUUUUCUCUCUAAUGCCAUGAUGCUCUUAUAUCGCAGAAUUCAUACUCCAAAGGCUUCGUAAAUCAUAAUCCCCAAUUCACCGCUUCUCAUGCAUCCACAACCUUGAGCCCCCUAUAAUACAAGCAAUUAUCAUGAAAAUAUUAAGCACUGCCUAUAAAAUGAAUAUAUCAAUGUAUAUUCGACGGCCUUGGCUGAAAAACUUGCGAUUUGCCCAUUUCCUUCCCAAGGGUAGCUCGGUGGCGCCCAGCCUCAAAGAGACGCGCUUCUUUACCCUCAUGGCCUUGCAAUUGAAAAUAGUAGAAAAGUUGAAUAUGUUUUCGAUAUUUCUUGUUCGCCGAGGCCAAAAAGCAGUAGAUGCAGCAAAGUUUAUCAAGAGAUCAUUGAAGUGUGAAAAGUAGAUCUUUUUUUGGCAUA